CACGAAUAGUUCUACUUUUGAUAAACGAAGAAUUAUAUUAUGAUAUACAGUGUUAAUACUCAAGUUGUGCGGCUUAGAGAGUGCUACAAACGUCCCACCUGUCCUCAGCUCGGAGUUAACCGUUGCACCUAGUCGAGACGCAUCGCUCCACCACUAAAGAUGGCCAAGAAGAAGAAGAAGAAAACCAAGGGCAAUAUAGAAACAAGAAUCUCGUUUAUGUACCCGAUGCCACACCAGAUUGUAGUAGAUGCAAUCUCAGACGAAGUACUGUUAGCAUGGUUACAAGAAGAUGAGGAUAACGACAACGUCAACAACAAUUACCUGAUAACUGUUAAGGCUUGUUUCAGCUAUCUCAAUAAUGCCUGUAACCAGUGGGGAUGGAGCAGCAGAAGGAUAGCUAUCAAGAAAAGAGGAUACUACAAGAAUAGGCACAAUAAUGUAGUAAUCAAUCAGCAUUGUAAAUUAUGCAGUCAGCUUUAGAACUCUACUACUGGGUUAAGAUUUGUACGUCGAACGAGUUGCAUACCGGCUCAAGAAGUGGGCAGGCAUUCAAAUGGUAGAGCAAAGACACAAUAUAAUCAAAGGCCCACCUCAUGAGUCAUUGCUUAGCAAGGG